UACAGUUAGCUAGGUUACCCCACUCAGAUCCCUAGCCUACUGCAGCCAUGCACCAACAUGCGGAGAUAUGUUUACCGCGCAAAAAGAAGGUCUACGACUACGUCCACCCCAACACUUUCAGGAUAUUCGAUGAGAACGUACCCGACAUAAUUCCACCUGAUAAGGUUUCCCAAGAUAACAAAUAUGCCACACGAUCUCCAGAAGAGAGCCAACUUCUCAAGACGCACAAUGUACCGCAUCCAUACAAUGCUAAGUUCAUUCGAACCAACGUCAGAUUCCUGAAUGCACCCGUUGUUCACAUGGAGACGGACAACACAAAGGACGAACAGUUUAAAUGGUGGGCUACUGAGAGUGUGGACAGUGAAAGGCCCAAGGCCCCAUACUGCGUGGACACCACCCAGAGGACUGACUACCAGCCCACCCCGCCUUCCCAAGCCACUCGAGCCAAAGAUGAGCGAGGCAGAACCUUCGCCUCCGCCAUUAUCCCAACACUGGAUCCACUGGGGCAGCCCAAGACCUUACUGGAGCACAUUUCAUUCACUCACCAGUACGACUCCAGAAAACUACUCAACCAGCCGUAUCAAGGAGGGAAACACGGGACCUUCGCCUGGACUGAACUAAACAGGGACCACAGGGCCAGGGAUCUUCCAGCAGGCCGUGUGUCAAACCAGCCCCUGCAGACACCAACACUAAAGAUUCUCCCAACUGGCACAUCUCCCCCUUCUCCUCCUCCUCCUCUUCAUCAGCCCAGCUUAACGCGGAGGGUGGAGACCACUGGAUGGGGACGGGGUGGGGGGGUCACGGAGGGACCCAGGCCCCGGAGGGUGGAGCUUGCUCAGGCUGAGACUGGGGAGGCCUCAGGGCUAGAGAGAAGCCAGCAGUAAGAGCACAGGCUACUGCACGUGCACACACACACACACACACCGACACAGACACACACAUACACACACACACACACACCAACACACACACACAUACACAUGCAGCGCACAAAGUUAAGUUGAGUUGAGAGAUAUGUACCACACACACACACACACACACACACACACACACAUACACAUGCAGCGCACAAAGUUAAUUUGAGUUGAGAGACAUGUAGAGACACAUGUAGAGACAUAUGUACCACACACACACACACACACAGAGUAGCUAUCACACCUUUUCCAUUUCCACUAUAUAUUGCAUCAUUGCUGCUCUGUUGCUCUUGUCACAGCCAGGUUUGAACACCUAACAUCCUCAUAUCUCAUAUCAGUGCCUGAAGGGCUCUCUGGAAUAAACCAGCCUCAAAUCU